CGCGGUCAUCGUCCACGUUGUCAAGCUCCCACUCUCUCAGUUUCUUCUGCCUAUUCUCUUCUCUCAAAGCUCUCCGAGGAAGGUCAGUCUGCUAACCUGCGCUGAUACUUUCAACAUCUCAGGUUUCCCAGAAAUAUUCAAGACUCAGACUCAACGUCAACGCAACCGCUUCUUGUUCUUUUUUCCUUAAAACUCCUUUCUAUAUCUACACAUAUCGAAAAAAUAAAAAAUACACUUUUCUUGUACCAACGCAAUGUCGUACUUUAACGAUGAUGAUGACGGUGGGAUGGUUUAUGGCCAGGUGGACGAUGCUACCUUGCAACAGGUAGAGGCCAUCGUGAACGAGGAUGUGGAGAUGCUCGCUCCUCCGGCGGAUAUGUUCUAUCUCGUCCUAGAUACGAACAUCUUGAUUCAUUUCCUUGAUACAAUACAACAAUUCGUCGCGGAUGCAGAAGCGUUAAAUCUACCCGUCAUCGUUCUCAUCCCCGGCGUCGUCGUCUCUGAACUCGACUGGCAGAAAAACGCUCGUGGAGAGGAGAAGCGAGAGCAACUUGCCUGGGCUGCCCGUCGCGCUUCCACCUGGCUUUUAGAGAAAGUCAGGGGUAAAGAUCCCAAGGACGCGCGUGAGAGGAGGUGGGUGAAGGGCCAGACCCAUGAGGAGACGAUGAUGAACACGGGGAAGUGGAACAUACGCGUUCCCGGUUACAUGGAAGGAGCCUCGCGAGAUCAAGUCAACGACGACUUAGUCCUUGACUGCUGCGACUAUUAUACGAGGAUGAUGUGCAAUGGGUCUAUCAGGAAUGUGAUUCUGUGCAGCCACGAUACCAACAUGUGUCUCAUGGGGGCCAGUCGAGGAUACACAUUUGCUCGUCCUGAGGGACAUUGGAGCAGUCGCAAUAUCGCCGAUGUCAUUUGGGGAGAAGAUGUGUUGACACAGAUGGGCAUCUGGGAGUCAUUCGACCAAUAUUCUACCAAGUUUGUCCGCCAAGCGGGCAGGAACAACAUCCGGGUCGACUUGCCUCUCCCAGCCCCGGCUCACGACCCCGACGCCAUGGACAUUGACGAGACCGUACAAGACGUGGAGCCCACGAGCGCGUAUCGGUCUACGGAUCUCUUGAACGCGCUGCACGUCGAAGUUAUCGACCAUUUUACGGAGCGAUUGCAAGAGCUCGUGCAACGUGUGGGAGGAACACAGAUACCAGUCGAGAGGGUGUUUACGUCGAUGCAUGCUCCGUCAUGGCAGAAGACGCUGCUGAAGUUCUGGACAGUGGGGGAGUGUAUCAACUAUCUCGUGAAGGAGAAGGGGUUAGUUAGAACCCCGCUAGUGGCGAAGCUGUACUCUUUCCUCCUCCGGCCGUACCAGAGGGACGAGCGGGGAGCUCGAACGGGACAGGACUGGCCUCGAGCGAUGUGGAAAGACUGCGAGGACGCUCUACAGAGCAUCGGGGAGAAAUUCGAGGACGAGCCGAUGCUGACGUCUGUGCAGCGACUAAGGCCGUACUCUGAGGAAAUCUGGGGGAGACGCCAGCGGCCGGCGGGAAUGUAGAUGUACCUUUCUUUCGCACGAAUAUACCGAC